UGCAUACCACACCACCAAAAUAUAUAUUCUCUUAUUUUGUUCACUACAACCCCUUGCAACCAACUAGCUUUCUUUUCUCUCAACCCAUUUUUCUCAGCUCUUCACACAAAAACAGAAGCAACCAAGACUCUUAGAGAUAGAUUGAAAUGGCUGCGAAAUUGAAGAAGUGCAUGAUGCUAUGCUGCACUCGCAAACCUGUGAAAGAGGAAAUGACGAAAGAGACAUGCGAGGAAGCCAUCGUUGCUCUCCAGAAGCUUCUUAGCGAGAAAGGUGAGCUGAAGGCGGUCGCCGCCGCGAAGGUGCGGCAGUUGACGGCGGAGUUGGUGGGGGCGCGUCAGAAUGUGGCAGUUAAGUCAGUUUCCGACCCGGUGGAGAGGAUUCGGGCCGGGUUUGAUCAUUUCAAGAAAGAGAAAUACCAGAAAGAUCCUGCCUUGUACUCCAAGCUAGCCGUUGGCCAAUCCCCAAAGUUUUUGGUGUUUGCAUGCUCGGAUUCCCGAGUUUGCCCUUCACAUAUCUUAAACUUUCAACCAGGAGAGGCAUUUGUUGUUCGAAACAUUGCCAACAUGGUCCCGCCCUUUGACAAGACAAAAUACUCUGGAGUUGGGGCCGCCAUUGAAUACGCAGUACUACAUCUCAAGGUGGAGAAUAUUUUGGUGAUUGGUCACAGCUGUUGCGGAGGCAUCAAGGGCCUCAUGUCCAUUCCUAGUGAUGGCACAACUAAAAGUGAUUUCAUCGAAGAUUGGGUGAAGAUCUGUAAGAGGGCUAGAGUCCGAGUGGAAACAGAAUGCAAGAAUUUAAGCUUGGAAGAGCAAUGCAGCCAGCUAGAGAAGGAGGCUGUGAAUGUAUCACUUGGGAACUUGUUAAGCUAUCCAUUUGUGAGGGAAGCUGUUGUCAAAAAAGCCCUACUGUUGAAGGGAGCACACUACGAUUUUGUCAAGGCAUCUUUUGAGCUUUGGGACCUCGACUCCACAUUGACUCCUAUUACAUUUCGAUUGUAAAAUAGCACUAACUUCAAUUCUCUACAUAUUGAUUUUCUAAAAUCUUGAAUAAUUUACGUGUAUAAUAUACUUUCAGAGUCUACUUUUAGCAAUGAAUUUGUACAAGAUUGUUUUCAUGUGAUGGCAAUCCAAAUUGAAGUUGACGAAUUGGCCUCAUGAAUAGAUUGAACAAAAUGA